ACGCUGGUUCGAGUCCGGCAGGUCAGCAACCCCCGACCAAAUCAGCCAGUCACCUUCUUCCCCUUCCUCACCAAUUUUUUAUGCCUCCUCCGCCUGCAACUUGCAACCCUCAAAGCCCCCAUUCCAAUCCCUUAUACUAAAAUAUUAUUGCCAAGUAUAGAAAUUGCAUCCGCAUUCUUGCCUUUACCCUUCCCAGUCCUCACCCAUCCGCUCCUUUGUCAACACUUUCACCGCCGCGGCCUCUGUCCAGUCACUGCCUCCCGGUCUUUCUCGGUCUAUGUUUGGGAGCCUUAUUUGGAUCGUGAAAAGCACACAACAUUUAUGGGGCAUGACCAUAUGUCUCGUAUAAAGAUGCAUAUGGCAGAAGAUUCUCUUGGUGACAAGAAAUGUUGCCAGGAACCUGGGUGCAACGAGGUUGAUGAUGGAGGGCUAGUGUACUGCAAAAUUCAUAGCGGAGGGCUGCCAUGCCAACAGCUUAGUCACCUCCAGAGUGUACAGGAGAGCUCAGGUUUAUUCGUGCUCCCUGUGAAAGGCAGCCAGUUUAACGAACCUGUUUCCAGUACAGUGACAUGCUCUGAGCAAGAGGAUGUCAAGUAUGAAGGGGAUGAUCGAUGUAAACUAAAGGAUUGUUCUGGGAACACUCAGGGUGAGACUGCACAAUAUGUCUUCCGUGGGGCAGGCAUGCUUUGCAAGCAAGAAAACUGCAGCAAGCAGACACAGGAUAACACAAUCUACUGUAAGUUACAUUGUGGUGUUAGCAAGGGCUGCAUGGUACGGGGCUGUCCAAGAGGUGCACAUGGAGGUACACCGUUAUGCAUUGGUCAUGGAGGAGGGAAGCGGUGUGUUAUCCCUGGAUGCCCAAAUGCAGCAUGUGGCCAAGGUUGUAGUGACCGCUGCGUGAGGCAUGGUGGUGGCAAGAGAUGCAAAUUUGAAGGGUGUGCGAAGGGUGCACAAGGGAACACAGAUUACUGCAUCAGGCAUGGUGGGGGAAGGCGGUGCAAAUCCGAAGGAUGUACAAAGAGUGCGCAAGGACGGACAUAUUUCUGCAUUAAGCAUGGUGGGGGCAGUCGGUGCAAGUUCCAAGGAUGCAGUACAAGCGCGAAAUGGGGGACAGAUUUCUGCUCUGUCCACAGGAAGAGUUUGUUUAUUGGUGACAAUGCUAUACCUGAAGCUCUGCCUGCCUCUAAAGAAAAGCGACGCCGGGCCAAGAAACCUAAGAAGGCAGACAAACCAUCUGAGCUCUCCCAGGGGAAUGUCACCACAUCAGCUAUUGCUGGAAGCAGCACACAACAAAUGGGCGUCGUCCUCUGCAAAGCAACCAUGGUUCCGAACCAUGCAGUGCUAAUCAAGGGUGUGACAAUGACGGGGCAAGCUGCAAUUGCUCCCCCACAGAUAGUGGCUCCACUGUCCAUGAAAUCUCCAACACCAUCUGGACCCUUGGUUUCAGCGGAUAGGGUGGCAGGGGCAAGCAAGGUUAUGCUUGGUCUGUAGAAAGAUGGUGGUGGUGCAUAGGGAUUGCAGACGCCUUACCCAACUAGUCCUCUGAUUAUUAUUCUCAACUGAAAAAUGUCGAAACAUUAGGAGAGUUCGUAUUAACUUGUUCUUGCUGUCAACUAACUUUAGUCAUGUCUUGUGUUUUUCCC